CACAGAUCCCAAACACUAAACAGGUGGUCAUACUCCGCCACACAGAGCCCGCAGCCGCGAUGAAACGGAACGGGUGCCGAUUUUAAAUAACUUCCGAGCCUCCAAGGUGCAGAAUCAAAGAUUAUUCAUGGUCUGGACAUCAAAGUGCGGGAAUCUUUGAUCCAGAGUUUCCCUUGGAUACGGGAAGGUCUAAGGAGAAGUGGAAACUAUGAAAGUGACGGUGUGUUUUGGAAGAACUCGGGUCGUGGUUCCGUGCGGAGACGGCAACAUUAGAGUGCACACGCUCAUUCAGCAGGCCGCUAUGCGGUACAGGAGAGCCAUCGCCAAGGGUGAAGAAUACUGGGUGCAGGUGUACAGGUUGGAACAUGGUGAUGGAGGAAUACUGGAUCUGGAUGAUGUUCUGUCUGAUGUGGCAGACGACAAAGACAGAUUGGUGGCGGUGUAUGACGAACAGGAGCCACAUGUUGGUGGUGAUGGCACCAGUGCGAGCUCCACGGGCACACAGUCACCUGAGCUCUUCUCUGGAGAGCUGUCCACCUCCACCCCACUGUCUGCCUUCCAGCCAUAUCUGCCCCACAGCGAGAUAGAGGUCACCACCUCCACGCUCCGAACCAACAUGCCUUUGCACGUUCGUCGCAGUAGCGAUCCAGCGUUGUUGAACCUGACGGCGAUGUCAUACUCUGAGCAGGGCUCACAACCCGAAGAACCUUCCAGGAAAAACCCCACACGCUGGUCAACUACUGCCGGUUUCCUGAAACCACAUUUCUCCACUGGUACCAACAGUCUGGAGAGAAAGGGGCGAGGUGUAGACACAUACCGUAGUCUUCCUCGCGAUGCUGGGCAGUGGAACAAUCAGAGAGAGUUUCAGCGUGAGACAGCCCGUUCUUCGCUCAGUGCCAAUCAUCCAAUGGUGGACCGCUGGCUGGACCGACAGGAACAGGAAGAGGAGGAGAAUGGCAGGAUAGAACCGGUGGGACGUGCAGAUACUUGUUUAGAACACAUGGGAGUGAGAUCAUUAGAUGAUAUUGUGAAACUGGUGGAAGUGUCCAACGAUGGAGGUCCACUCGGCAUCCACGUGGUGCCCUUUAGUGGUCGUGAUCGCAGGACUUUGGGUCUGCUAGUGAAGCGUUUGGAGCGUGGAGGAAAGGCUGAUGUUCAGAGUUUGUUCCAGGAAAAUGACUGCAUUGUUCGGAUCAAUAACGGAGACUUGCGGAACGUCCGUUUUGAGCAAGCUCAGAACAUGUUUCGUCAGGCUAUGCGCACUCCUGUCAUUCUUUUCCAUGUGGUACCAUCAUCUAUGAGAUCCCAGUACGAACAGAUAUCCCAUAAUGAAAACAACCCCAGGCUGAACUCUGACCUUUCUGGACGCUUCAGCCCUGACUCCCUCACCAACGAGCCAGUCGGCAACACUGGUGUGGAUCAUGCAGCUCACCGACUGGCACAGCACAGGCCAAACCUACCUAAUAAUAAAUCAGAUAGCAUCUCUCCCUUGCAUCAUCCUAUUGGCUCAGCAGGGAAACCUCCAUCAGGCCACACCACCUCUCCUCAAAGAGGCUUAAGCCCCACCCCCACAACAGGCUUCAUUAAAAAGGUUGGACGGAGACAAGGAAUCCAGCUUAGAAAAGGGCCUGAAGGUCUUGGUUUCAGCAUCACAUCAAGAGAUGUCCCCUUAGGAGGUUGUGCCCCUAUUUACGUGAAGAACAUCCUCCCAAGAGGAGCAGCCAUACAGGACGGGCGACUGAAAGCAGGGGACAGGUUACUUGAGGUCAAUGGUGUGGAUCUAAAUGGGCGUGGUCAGGAGGAGGUGGUUGCUCUGCUGAGGGCGACGCCCAUGGGUGGAACUGUGAGUCUGCUGGUGCUGAGACAAGAAGAGACCAUUCUAUCCAGAGAGAUGAACACAGAACCAGUAAUGCAGAACACACAAGAAUGGAAGGUAGAAGAGGAGGAGUUGGUCUUAACCCCAAAUGGUACACGUGAGUUCCUGACUUUGGAAGUGCCUCUGAGUGACUCUGGCUCGGCAGGUUUAGGGGUCAGUGUCAAGGGUAACAGGUCAAAGGAGAGCCACGCUGACCUGGGCAUCUUCGUCAAGUCUAUUAUCAACGGAGGAGCAGCAUGCAAGGACGGCAGACUGCGAGUCAAUGAUCAGCUCAUCGCUGUCAAUGGGGAGUCGUUGUUUGGGAAAACCAACCAAGAUGCCAUGGAAACACUGCGCAAGUCCAUGUCAACAGAAGGGAACAAGCGAGGGAUGAUUCAGCUCAUCGUGGCAAGAAGAAUAAACAAGCGGGGUGAGAGCCAAUGCAGUCCACGUGGGCUAGAGCGGUCACUGAGCCCGUCUCCUGACGACCACGAGCGACGGAUUUCACACUCUCUGUACGGCAUUGAGGGGCUUGAUGACAACCUGAGGCCACAAGUCAAUACAAAUAACCGCAAAAUGAAUUAUUAUCAGCUCUCGCCAACGGUGAACAUGCCUCAGGAUGACACGGUCAUAAUCGAAGACGAUAGGCCGCGUGUUCUCCCCGCCCACCUGUCUGAAUCCUCAUCCAGCUCUCAUGAUGACAUGGGUUUUGCUGUGGAGAAUCCACCGCCGCCACCCUGGGACCAAGAGCUUCCCACUAGCUCUCCCAGUGCUAAUGAUGAGGGGGCCUUUCAGAGGGAAGGUUUUGGCAGGCAAAGCAUGUCUGAGAAACGCACCAAACAGUAUGGAGACGCAAGCCAACUGGACAUCAUCAAGACCCGCAAGUCCAAGAGCAUGGAUCUAGUGGCUGAUGAGAUUAACCUCACUCAAUGCACAGAGAACCACACAGGCUCAUCCUCGCAUGAUGUUGGCCCAUCUCUCGGCCUGAAGAAGUCCAGCUCUCUGGAAAGUUUACAGACUGCUGUUGCGGAGGUAACGCUCAAUGGCAAUCUUCCCUUCCACCGGCCACGCCCACGCAUCAUACGGGGACGGGGCUGCAACGAGAGCUUCCGAGCUGCAAUUGACAAAUCGUACGACAGGCCAGCAGCCAAUGAGGAUGAAGAGGAGGGCAUGGAAACAUUGGAGGAGGACACUGAAGGAAGCUCUCGGUCAGGGCGGGAUUCUGUUUCUACGGUAGCCGACUUAACUCCACUUCCUGUCACCGAGCAACAGCUGGUCAGUGGCAACCAGCCUCAAAACGACAAGAAGAAAGAAAAAGCAGGGAAGGACAAAAAGAGACCUGAGAAGGAAAAGAGUAAAACAAAGAAAGGAAUGCUCAAGGGCCUCGGAGAGAUGUUCAGGUUCGGGAAGUACCGUAAAGACGAGCGUUUGGAUGGUGUAAAGUGGAAGGUGGAGGAAACGCAUGCAUCAGAGGAAGAGACACGCCGAAUGAAACAAGAACAAGAGAGGAUCCAGGCUAAAACACGGGAGAUUCGUCAGCGUCAGGCCAGAGAAAGAGACUACGCUGAAAUCCAGGAUUUCAGCCGGCCCACGUUGACUUCACUUCCUGCCGAGGAGCUCCCAUACGCCGGCUUGUUGGAUCAUGGCGGGUACCAUCAGAUCCACACGCCUCCAGACUCGCCAUAUUCACACAAACAGAAUGCCCGAAAUGGGCACCCCUCUACAUCAGACAGGCUGUCGCCGAGCAACCACGACCGAAUCCAGCGCUUACGGCAGGAGUUCCUUCAGAUCAGACAGGAAGAGGCGGAGCCAGACGAUCACCACCGCACCUACAGCCUAGAGCAGCCCUGGUCAAACUGCAGCACACAAACCUCAUCUGGCUGUCAUUCAGUGUCUGUGGAGGUGCAGUUACAGAGACAGGAAGCCAGAGAUGCUUUCACACAUGCUCAGAGACAGUACAGCUCUUUACCACGCCAUCCUCGUAAGACGCCCACUCCAGCUUCAGAGAGCGAAUGGGAGAGGACAUGUCCACCUGGCGACGGUUUCCAGGCAGCUAAAGACAGUGGUCGUUACUCCAGCUACCAGGGCCUUCGUUCCGUCCCGCGCACCGUUCCUCGUUCCAGCUGCAGGAAUGGCCUUUCUGCUCCCCCGGGAUCUGGCGGUACUACAGUAGGUGGCGGUUACAAUGCUCGCGUCCUAUUGGAGGCCCAGGAGCUCCUCAGACAGGAACAGAGACGAAGAGAACAGAAAAUGAAAGGAAGAGGCCCAUCAAUCCGCGUGGACUACGAAUCCCAAGAUUCCAAAGGACCCCUAAGACAGGAUGUCCCACCCUCCCCUUCACAGGUUGUUAGACUCGGCCGCAUACACACACCUGAGAAAUCACGCCCGUUUUUGUCAUGAGAAAAAGAGGGAAACUCAUACACCAUAUACCCAAUAAAAAAACGGAAUGGUGGACAAGAUUUUUGUGUGCAACCGCUGAUAGACACAAACAUUUGUUAGUCUGGUAGUUGUACACAGACUCCGCCUCCCUCAGUGCCUUUUGAUUAUAAGGUUACAGUUGUCCCGCCCUAUCCGACAGCUCAUUGGUGCAUCCAGUGGCACUCUUCAAUCGCUGUGAAGACCUUCAUGCUCUGACAAUCAGCCUGACACAAAUGACAUCUGCUGCUCUGCAGAACCAUAUAAAACUAUUACAUAGUCAAAAUGAGCAGUUUUCCUGCAUUGCAUAGGUUUUUACGAAGCUUUGUUUGCUAUGGUGAGGUAGAGCUUUUUUACAAAGAUUUGUCAGAUUAAUUUUUAAAUAUCAAGACAAGGUUGUCAGUUAAAAGAAUGUUUAAAGGAAAAAUUCUGAUGUAAUUUACUGACCCUCAUGUCAUUCCAAUCUGCUAUGAUUUUCUUUCUUCUGUGGAAAACAAAUGGAGAUGUUUCACACUACUCUUGUCCAUUCAGUAAAAGCAUACAAUCCAAAAAAUGAGCGAGACAAACUAAAAAUGGGGUCACAGAUAGCAGGUCAUUAAUUGAUGCUCCUCAUUAAAUUUUCAGAGGGCUUUCACACACAGACACAGAAUACUCAACCUACUGUUGCCUGCCAGGUGUAUGUGUGAGUCUCUGCUCUCCCAGAUGACCCACACUGAAUUUUUCAU